GACAGAGGGGACAUAGGGGAUAGAGAGGCAGACAGAGGGGACAUAGGGGAUAGAGAGACAGACAGAGGGGACAUAGGGGAUAGAGAGACAGACAGAGGGGACAUAGGGGAUAGAGAGACAGACAGAGGGGACAUAGGGGAUAGAGAGACAGACAGAGGGGACAUAGGGGAUAGAGAGAUGGAAGGAGAAAGAUCAGGGGAUAGAAAUACAGAAGGGGAAAGUGUCAGGGAUAGAGAGAAGGAUAGAGAGAAGGAAGGUGCCAGCAGCCUUAGCUCUGAGGGGAGCUGUAGUGAAACCCACUGGUCUCCUUCACCCCAUCCCAUCCUCUCCAGGAUGCUCAUGCAUUCCUCCGUCUCUUCCUCCGCUUCCUCAUUCAACUGCUCCUCAGCGGAGAGCGAUGAGGUCUUCAGCGAAGGAGAGGACACUGCCAGCAAGAGGAGUACCAUGAGGAGGUGUCGCUCCUGGAGGACCUUCCUGACCAUGAUGCAGUGGUCAGUGCGUCGGCAGAGUUCAUGGGUCCAGCUAGCAGGACAUCAAGGUAACUUCCAGCUGAGUGAGGGGGGCGAGGUGCUGAAGCGUUUCAGUGAGGUGGAGGCUGUGUGUCUGCAGGCCCUCAUGGCUGACCCACUGCGUCCGUUUGUACCGCAGUACCAUGGCUCGGUCAACAGGGGGGGUAACAGUUACAUCCGCCUGGAGGACUUACUGAGUGGCCUGAAGAACCCUGUCAUCAUGGACUGCAAGAUGGGCGUGAGGACAUAUCAGGAGGAGGAAUUAACCAAAUCACACACCAAGCCCACCCUGAGGACUGAUAUGUACCAGAAGAUGGUAAAAGUUGAUCCAACGGCUCUCACUGUGGAGGAACAUGAGCAGCGAGGCGUGACGAAGUGGCGCUACCUGCAGUGGAGGGAUAACACCAGCUCCACCUCCACACUAGGCUUCAGGAUUGAGGGCAUCAUGAUGGAGAAUGGCAGCGUACAGCGGGACUUUAAGAUGCUCACCCCGGCCCAGGUCACCGAGGCCCUCCUCUCCUUCACCAAGAGUCAUCUACACAUCCUGAAGGCCUACCAUUCCAGACUUCAGGCUCUGGAUGAAGCCCUGAAGGAAUCCCCAUUUUUCAAAGCCCAUGAGGUGAUUGGCAGCUCGCUCCUCUUCGUCCACGACUGGACCAGUAAGGCCAGCAUCUGGAUGAUAGACUUUGGGAAGACCACCCCGUCGCCCAGCACUAUGCAGCUGAGGCAUGACGUCCCAUGGGCCGAGGGGAAUCGGGAGGAUGGGUACCUGAUCGGGCUGGCCGCCCUCACCUCCCUCGUGGGUCAGGCCAUCAGCCAGGCAGCCUGCAGACAGGAGGAGAAGCAUGGAGAGGAGAUGGGCGGUGUCACACACACCCUGCAGGAACAGGAACAUACACAGACUAAAAGUCAGGGUGGUCAAGGCGAGGCAGCACAGAAUGAAGAUACUUCUGAUUGAAGAAGAGAGGCCACAUCAAGACAAUAUUCACAGGAAUGUGUUCUCUAAUUUACAUGGAUGAUGUUUGUGGAUAAUUGCAAUAGACACUAUUAAUGGAUAGAAUUAUCUUAACUGUUUAGAAAUAGGACAAUAUUUUUAUAUUUUUCACAAUAAAAACAACCUACUGUACAAAUUCCUCGUCUAUAGACAUCAUAUUGACAGUUAUCAAUAUAUUCUAACUCAAAUUUGCA